AAAGGGAGGGAGCCGGACGCGGAAGUGGUGGCAGCGCCUGGGGACCAGGUGGAGGCGGUGACCGCGACGUCUGAGACGAGAUCCCAGCGCCGAGGGGAGCGGCCUUGCAGAAAGGCAUCCGCCUUGUAGGACCUAUAUGAGGUGCAGAGGCGCCUGGGCCUCCCUUCUCCGCCUCAUCGAGCUCCCAGAGUGAUGGCGAUGGUGAUGGCGGCAGUGCCUCGGACAGCCCCAGUGAAACCGCGCUUCGAGAGAUACGUCCAGAAAGUGCCCAGAAGAAACUUCCUGCCAGAAAAACUGAAAAAACAAUAUUCAUAAUACUGGAAUUUGUGGAUAAUUUGUUAAAAUGGCGGAAAAUAGUGAAAAUAAUAGUAAAAAUGUAGAUGUAAGGCCCAAAACUAGUCGGAGUAGAAGUGCUGACAGAAAGGACGGUUAUGUGUGGAGUGGAAAGAAGUUAUCUUGGUCAAAAAAGAGUGAAAGCUGUUCAGAUGCUGAAACAGUGAAUUCUAUAGAGAAAACUGAAGUUCCUUUAAGGAGCCAAGAAAGAAAGCACAGCUGCUCAUCUAUCGAGUUGGAUUUAGAUCAUUCCUGUGGGCAUAGAUUUUUAGGUCGAUCUCUUAAACAGAAACUGCAAGAUGCUAUGGGGCAGUGUUUUCCAAUAAAGAAUUGUAGUAGUCGGCAUCCUUCAGGGCUUUCAUCUAAAAGAAAAAUUCAUAUCAGUGAACUCAUGUUAGAUAAGUGUCCUUUCCCACCUCGAUCCGAUUUAGCCUUUAGGUGGCAUUUUAUUAAACGACACACUGCUCCUAUAAAUCCCAAAUCAGAUGAAUGGGUAAGCACAGACUUGUCUCAGAGUGAAUUAAGGGAUGGUCAGCUAAAACAAAGAAGAACCGUGGAAGAAGAGGUGAACUGUUUCCCGCAUACCAUUGUUCAGCCCUGUGUCAUAACCACCAACAAUGCUUCAUGUCGAGGUGGUCCUAUGACUGGCUCUGUGAUGAACCUGGUUUCAAAUAACAGUAUAGAAGAUAGUGAUAUGGAUUCAGAUGAUGAAAUUAUAACACUUUGCACAAGUUCCAGGAAAAGAAACAAACCCAAAUGGGAAACAGAUGAAGAAAUCCUGCAGUUGGAAACACCACCUAAGUAUCACACCCAGAUUGAUUACGUUCACUGUCUUGUACCAGACCUCCUUCAGAUCAAUAACAAUCCGUGUUACUGGGGAGUUAUGGAUAAAUAUGCAGCUGAAGCUCUACUAGAAGGAAAACCAGAGGGGACCUUUUUACUUCGAGACUCAGCACAGGAAGACUAUUUAUUCUCUGUUAGUUUUAGGCGUUAUAGUCGUUCUCUUCAUGCUAGAAUUGAACAGUGGAAUCACAACUUUAGCUUUGAUGCACAUGAUCCGUGUGUCUUCCAUUCUCCUGACAUUACUGGGCUCCUAGAACACUAUAAGGACCCAAGUGCCUGUAUGUUCUUUGAACCACUUUUAUCCACUCCUUUAAUUCGGACUUUCCCGUUUUCCCUGCAGCACAUAUGCAGAACAGUCAUUUGUAACUGUACAACUUAUGACGGCAUUGAUGCCCUUCCAGUUCCUUCUGCUAUGAAAUUAUAUCUGAAGGAAUAUCACUAUAAAUCAAAAGUUAGAGUACUCAGGAUUGAUGCACCAGAACAACAGUGCUAAGAAAAGGGUAGGAACACGGGAAUGAUUAUAUACGUGUUUUUAUUUAAUAUUUUUCUUAUUAUGCGGCUUUGAAUUUUUCUACAAGGGCAGUUAGAGUCCAAAAUAAACCUCUGCCCUAAAUUUUACUUCCAAAUCAGUUUUAUUUUUCUUAUGAUACACUGAUUGUUUAAGGUUACAGACCAGGGGUUAAUGGAUAUUUUUAACCAGGUGUUUGGUUUUUGUUUUUACCAUGUAGAUUGUAUACUUAAUUUUUUUCUUUUCUUCAUUGUAAUUUGCAUAUGAUCCAUGGAUAUUUGACAUUUGGUAGGCAUUGCAAAUAGUUAACUAAUCUGUAUUUCAGACUUUUCUUCCAAAAUAAUCUUAUGUCCUUUCCUACCAUGUAAAAUGCUUUAACCUAUGCCAUUGAUAUUCCUAUACAGAAAAUAUAAUUUCCCCAACCCCUUUUCAGGCUUGUUUUAAAAUUUUUUGGUAAAGCUGAGUGUGUUGUAGUUCACAAUCCAUACUAAUGUAAUUGACUUUUGUAAUUUACUAAUAGGGAUGUUAAAGGUAACAAAAUUGAUUAAAAUCAAACUAGAUGUAUUUUCAUUUUAAAUAUUAACUAUAAGCAGAAUUACAGGAUUACUAAAUUCGAUUAAUCUGGUCAGUAAGAAUCAAAUGAGACCAUGACAUUUUGGAGGUGAAUUUAUUCUACAGUGUGGCAUGGUCAUUUGUUAUUCCUGGAAUAGAUCGUUCUCUCAAUGUGGAAGAGUUACCCUCUUCAGAACAUAAAUAUUGUUCUUUUCUCAUUGGAAGUUUUAAAAAUAAUGAUAACACUAUUAAUAACUAAUAGUUACUAAAGUACUAAAGCAACUGUGGGGUUUUUCUGUAUUUAUUUAUGAACUGUUGUUUCUACUUAGCUUUUUUAUAGAAAAUCUGAGCCUGUUACUUUGGGGAGAUGCCACAGUUUAUACAGCCACAAAUUUCCAUUGGUAACUAAAGUGUACCUAAGUAGUUUUUAGUUAUUUUAAAUUGAGCUUGAAUAAAGAUUCAAGAAGUAAACAUGGAACUCAGUAUUCAAGAAGCUUAAUAGUGUUUUUAAUUUUCAGGUUUCAAAUAAUUAUUUCUGUCUUCAGAAUUAACAUGUCUUCAUUGUGGCUUCAAAAAAAGAAGACAUUUUGAGAGCUCAUGGCUUAUGCCAUACUGAACAAUACUGGGCACCAGGUGUAAUCUUUCAAAUUUACUAUCCCAAGAGCAGGGAAACAUUUCUAGAAACAUCAAUAUCCCAAUAUAAUAAAGAUAAAUGGAGUGAUAUCCUAUCCUACUCCUCUUUUUUUAAAGAAUCAAUGAAUAAUAAAUUUCCUAGACAGUUGUUUCUUCUGGCAAACUAUAUACCCCUUGUGGAAACUGGCAUUUUAAAUAUCAUAGUAAUUGAUUUCUUGAUGGUAGUUUAGCUCUAGUACGAAGCUGCUUCUACCUGGAUUGUAAGAAAUUUGACUCAGAUUUCCACGUUAGAACAGAUGUUUCUUAAGUAUCAUUGCUUUUGUGUGGAAGUAGCAUUUCCCUUUCCGAAAUUCUGCUGUUAACAUAAAGAUGGCAUUUUUUUCUCAGUGAUCUCAAGAUUGUCUUGGUCCCAGUGAGGGAUAGCUAGUAAAGUGGCACCUCUCUUAGCAGUGAUGAGGCUCAGGAUAUCGUAACACCAAUGUCAGGAUAAAUAUCUCUUCUAAAGAUGAUAUUUCCCUUUACAAAAGUAGGAAAGUCUCAUACUACCUCAUCUUUCUUGUGGCGCUUUUGUAGAUCACUGAGAAGCUUAUCUUAUUUACCAAUAUAACAAUUCCUAAAUAUCCAUCUUUGGUGAAAGAAAAUUAAUAGUAUAGUAAGACUCUACCCAUGAUUAUAGUUUUUUAUCAGAAUUUGAUAAGACUUUCUGUUUCUGUGAAACAAUUAUUAUUUUAAAUAUCUUUCCUUUAAAAAUAACUUUUUAUCUACAGAAAAACCUAAGGGGUGACUAGCUAACAAAUAUUCUGUUAAAGGGUAAUUUUAUAAAGAAAAAUGAAAUAUAGUUAUGUUGUCUUUUAUAAUGAUAAAAAUUAGUGUUUAUAUGAAAAUCAAGAUCUAAGUAGCUUUUCAUAUAUUCAAACUGGUUGCUUGUGAUAUAUUUUCUCUGGCUUUCUUAUUUUUUCAACUUCAAGGUAUUAAUAGCUAUUACCAUUUUCAAAGUACUGCCAUAAAUAUAGCCUUUAAGUGAUGAUCUGAUAAAUGAGAGCAGGGAAGAGACUCGUUUACUCUGAAAUGGUUUGUAUUUUUCCUUUGGUAUUUGCUACAGUGAAAAGAAAUCUGCAAAGUGGAUAUAUAAAGACUUGAGAAGGGAACUGUUCAUGAUGAAGGAAAAAGAAAAGUGAUAAUUUUUUAAAGCACUAAGGGGUUGGAAUUUAGGAAAGUUAACCCCUUUCUCAGUGACUUUAUGAGGACUCAUUUAGAAGAGCAUGCAAAGAGCAUCCAUUUAGAAACUAAUUCAUUUAAAAAAUGUAAUUAUUGGAAUCUAUAAGUAAAAUGAGUAAGUUUUGAGAGGAACAAUGUGGAAAGCUACAAGUAUAUCUAAAUAUAAAUUUUGUGACUCUAAGACGCUGUGAGCAUGUGAAAAGUGUAAAUUCCAGAGUUGAGAAAGCAUUCAGCAUGGUGGAAAUGUUCAGAGCUUAUUGGUAAGAGAGGCUGGGGCUAAAAUAAACAAGAUAAAAUAUUAAAAUUAAGAAUUUAGGCAUUACCUCAGGGAAAAGCCUUGACAGUGAAAGGGACCUAUUUAAUCGCUAAAAGCUAGUCUGGACCACACACUUAACUGCACUUUGGGAAUCCUGCACUAAUCAGAACUAUGCUUGACUUUUCUAUUUCUCUCUGAAGCUUUUCAGGACAUACCCCUCCCCACCCCUUUUUUUAAGCUACAGCAUCUUGAUUUAUAAUAUAAUUCCUGAAAUAUGCUGAAUGGAUUGUUUUAGGUUCCAUGAGCAUUUUUGUAUGAAGAAUUGUAUGUGAUCUUUCUAUAACCAUGCCAUUCACUUAAAUAAUUCAUAGAGGGAAUGGUUUAAUUUAAAGGAAGACCUAAUAGGAAGAAGAUUAAAGGAAGCUUUUAGCCUGUGGCUAGAUUUAUUGAUUUGGUGAUCAGACCUGUGUUCUUUCCUGAAUUUCAGCUAAUGGCAAACUGUGGUCGAAAAAUGGCUUUCAGUUAAAAGUUUGACUUAUUAUAAAUAAUAUAAAGAAUCUCUUAGUAAUUAGAAAUCCUUUAAAAAGUAGAGCAAAUGUGGCAAAUAGGACUCAUAUCAUUAUACAAAUUCCAUUUCUUGUUAUAAGAAAAACACAAACCAUUAUCAUUUAUUCAUGAGCCAAAGCCAUUAAGAACAUAAAUCAAGUUAUCAGCUUCCUGUCUCUCUCAAGUUUGGAUCAUAUUAUAGAUCCACGUAAUAGAGAGCUUCCUUCCUGUGAAACAAAAACCUUGAGACCUGGUUCUUAUAAAUAUACUCUUAGUUUUCAUUAAAAAAUUUUGUCAGUUUUAGCUAUAUCAGUCAAAUAGGUUAUAUAUUGAUUUUGGUAGAGCAAAUUUCACAGGAAAGCAGACUUAUAAGACAUUCCUGGAGACAACACAAGGAAAACAGUGUUUAAAUGUAUAAUAGCCCGUGGGUUAGAUAAUUUAAUACUCAAAUGAAUAAAAGAUUCUAAGUCAAGCAGAUUAUUCUUCCUACUUUGGGAAAAAAGUCUUUGCAAUUUUGGUUUUAACAAUCAGUUUCAUCAUUUCUAAAGAUUGAACACAAAGCACAAAGGGUUUUUCUUUUUUAAUGGCCUGCCAGAAAUGAGCAACACUACAAGAGUCUCUAUAUAUUCUAAUACAUUAAGAUAUUGGACACAAGAUGGAGGUAACUUUUUGAAACAGAUUGGCUUCUAAGUUGAAAUGUAAACUAAUGGAUAUAACCCAAUGGAAAGGGAUUUAGGGCACGAGUCCUAUUUCAGAUAAAGCCCGAGUCUAUUUUUUAUUUGCUUUUUUAAUUUUGAAUAAUCCUAAAUCUUUGCCUUCAUAUCCUAGCAUAUAAAAUGUAAGUAAUAGUACUUGUCACUUGACUUCCUGAAGGAUAAUUCUUCAGUUAAGAGGUGAGCCCUUGAAGCGUACUUGAAAAUAAUUUCUAUACAGCCAUUAAGUACUAAUGUGAUGAUAGGUUUUCAAAGCAUCCCCUUCGUGGACCCUGCAGAUUCACAUUCACUUUGGCUUGACUUGACAAUAGAGAUAACAGUACAAUUUGAAUUUAUGGUUUAGACUCUGCAAUUAAAUGAAGAGUUGCAGUUUCCUCCUACCCUUAAUAAGGUUUAUGUAAUAGUGAUGUUUGCCUAAGUUAUCCUCAAAGUUAAUUACACUUGCAGGAAGUAAAGAGAAUCGCUUUUGCAGUGGUUAUAAUCAAAUCUAAGCUUUCAGAUUUGAGAGAGUGUAAAAUUCAAAGAGGUUUACUUUAAUUAUGGUGACUUUUCUAGAACUGGAUAAAUUCUGUAUAAAGCAAGUCUGAACUUGAUAUAUACUUGGAUAUACAGAGUAUACGUAGUGACUGCACAAAGCUAUUAGAACUCUUGACAGUCAGGUUUGUAUGAUCCACUUCUCACCCAAAAAGAAGGGAGGCUCUUUCCAUUUCUAGUUGUAAUCCUGAAGUUGAAUGUUUCUUCUUGGAUGUGAGUUCAAAUAAAUUGAAUAAAUUUUCAUUUCUUCUUAAUUAAAACUUCAUAUAUAAAAUCCAAA